UGUGGCGAUGGCGAUUGUGCGACCGUCGAAUUAAAACUUGUAAGCUAGGUUAAGUUUUCUUGUUUGUUUUCACUGUUUUUUCAAUCAAUGUUAGUGAAGGCCCUAUGCCCCCUAGCUCCUAUUCCGAAUAUUCAUUCUGAUUCUGAAGAAUGAGGAUAGGACUAAUAGAAAAUCAAAUCUAAUAAAUGUAUUUUAGAUCUAGGGGUUGUUUUGGAUUAAAAAAGUCGAGGAAAUUGAUUUAGAAUAGAUUUAUUCCCAAUUUUUAGUCCAUUUUGGCAUUUCAUCACAUCUUUUCCUUAAGGCCUUUUAAUAUUUGAAUACCGAAGAGUUUCCAGUGACAAGUAGAAGUAGGCCUAAGUUAAGUUACUCUUGGAGGCCCGUCAAAAUGUUGAGUCUGAUAAGCAAACAUACAGUAAAAGUGCUGUCAGCAUCAAAGUUGAAGAUUAAUUAUAAUCGUAUUUUGUCCAAUGAGAGAGAUUUUGACAUUUGUUUCAAAACUAUAAUGGACUCAAGUAGCAGCAGAGAUACAACCCAAAUUUCACAGGGAACUGAUGAUUUCAGAGUAUUAGAUCUCAAAAAAGUGACUGUGAGACAAAAGCGGCAAUCACGACAACAGAGAACCAAGUUUGAGGUACCUCCACCAAGAACAACCUUGAUGAAGGAAGACCAGGAUUGGACAUCAGUUUGGCCUGGACCUCGUACGUUUCACCCUGCUGUGGUGCCACUUCCCAUCCGCCAAGGCCACGGCAAGAAGAAGGCAGCACCUGGCAAAUUUGGUAACGCGGAACUCAUGAAAAUACCCAACUUUCUUCAUCUCACACCGCCUGCUAUCGAGAAGCAUUGCGAAGCUCUUAAGAAAUUCUGUACGCCAUGGCCAGUGGGGCUUGAAACAGAUGAGAAGUGCGAAGAUCAUUUCCCUGUAGAGGUUAUAUCAUCAGAUUACUGCCAUUCCUCUCCCACCAUCAGAGACCCCCUCGCCAGGAUUGUGACAAUCAAGCUGAAACUGAACAGGCUUCCGCUUGAUAAGCAUGCCAAAGAUAAGAUUCUUCGAUUGCUACAAGAUCACUAUGAUGAGAAGACAGAUGUUGUCACAAUCACCGCCGACAGAUGCCCGUUGCGGCAACAAAACUAUGACUACGCCAUGUACCUUCUAACUGCUCUAUUCCACGAAUCCUGGAGGGUCGAAAGCUGGGAGAAAGAUAAAACUCUGGAGGACAUGGAGUGUUACGAGUGGGAGGCAAACCAGUCUUACAAGAACGUGAACAAUCUUCUGAGCCGAACACAUCCUGAUGUUGACCUCAAGAACCCUCCUGAGGAGCUCGCCGCCACAUUAAAGGAUUAUAAAAAUGCCAUUGAGGAUAUAUUCAACAACAGCCGAGAGGAAAGUGAAGAAAAGCUAAACCAAUAUAAAUCUGCAUCUGAAAAGUUAUUGUUCUGAAGUUUUUAAAUAAUAUAGAAAUAAAAUGUACAUAGAAUACUUU